UUGUAGCGGAAGAGCUGUAAGAUCUUGGAGAUCCUGCCAUUUGUUAACGAACCCGGCUACAGGAGGGGCGAUACGUCGAAUGGAAUAUGGAGUGUAUUCCAGUAGCAAUUGAUGAUCUUGAGGGCAAAAAAGACCCAGUCCUAGAGGAUCCAGAACACAACGUGUACACCCGAUUUAUGAAGUCUCACCGGUGUUAUGACCUCGUACCUACCAGCUCCAAACUGGUUGUGUUUGACACAUCACUUCAGGUCAAGAAGGCAUUUUUUGCUCUUGUAUCUAAUGGAGUAAGAGCAGCACCUCUGUGGGACAGUAAGAAGCAGUGCUUUGUUGGUAUGCUGACCAUCACAGACUUUAUUAACAUCCUUCAUCGCUACUACAAAUCUCCGUUGGUUCAGAUAUAUGAAUUGGAGGAACACAAAAUUGAAACAUGGAGAGAGCUGUACCUUCAAGAUUCUUUCAAGCCACUGGUUAGCAUAUCUCCCAACGCAAGUUUGUAUGAUGCUGUCUCAUCUCUGCUGAAGAAUAAGAUCCACAGACUUCCUGUAAUCGACCCGCUGACGGGGAACACGCUCUAUAUUCUCACACACAAGAGGAUUCUCAAGUUCCUGAAACUUUUUAUAUCAGAGAUGCCAAAACCCUCAUUCUUGAAGCAAACAUUAGAAGAACUGAACAUUGGAACAUUCCAGAACAUAGCAGUGGUCCGUGCAGACACACCGCUGUACACAGCACUGGGUAUUUUCGUUGAGCAGCGAGUGUCAGCGCUCCCCGUUGUGGAUGACAAAGGUCGAGUGGUGGAUAUAUACUCAAAAUUUGAUGUUAUAAACCUGGCAGCGGAGAAGACGUACAACAAUCUGGAUGUGACAGUGACCAAAGCCUUGCAGCAUCGCUCUCAGUACUUUGAAGGAGUGCUGACCUGCAACAGACACGAGACCCUGGAGGCCAUCAUCAACAGACUGGUGGAGGCUGAGGUGCACAGGCUGGUCGUAGUGGAUGAGCAGGAUGUGGUGAAGGGAAUUGUCUCCCUGUCAGAUAUUCUCCAGGCACUAGUGCUAACCGAUGGCGAUGAGGGCACAGCUUGAGAAAGUUACUCAAACAAGGAAAGGCCACACAGUUUUAAGUGGAGGUCAGAGCUAAGGGAGAAAGAGAACAUGCAGGGGAAUUAAGACAGUAUAUCGAAGUGUCAUCUGUCUCCUGUCACCAGCUUUUCUAUACUCGCACACGAAGACUUCUCCCUCUCUCUGCAAAAAUAUGAAAUCAUAGCAAAACAGCAGUAAAAUAGCACAGGAUAAACGGAAGUAAAUUGAGCCAAACACCAAGCCACAGGAGAGAUGUGAAAGCUCAAGAGACCUCUGAAGAGGACCGUUAAUCGUGACUUUGAUUACAGAUGUAUUCCUGAUAAUAUAAAUCAAUGAGUCAGUUUCCAGCUAAAGGGAAACCAAUUUAUCUGUAUUGCCUUUUGUUGGCAUCAUUUCAUUUCUACAAUAAAAUGUAAAUCAAGAUGCGCAUAAAGCCUAUAUAAGGGUUAAUGUGAAUACAGUAACUGUCAGAACAACAUUUGGUGUGUUGUUUUGGCACGUUAUGACAUUUGACUGAGCUCUGUUCUUUGUUAAUUUCAGUAGAAUGAUGUUAUCAAGCUUAAAUGAUCUUAAAAUUCAUUAUUCAACUAGACUUGAUUACUCAAAAGCAGGUGGAGGGUUGAUUUGUAUGUCAUUUUUUACCUUUCAAUACAGAUUGGUGGACGAGGUAAUGGUUACUGAAGUAUUUAUAACUGUAUGUAUGGAUUGUACAUACAGUUAAUAAAAGCAAGCUACAUGCUGGCUAUGUGUGAAGAUUAUAAAAAAUAUUUAGCCUAAUUUUUCAUUCAAACAUUAGACAUUUUUAAUUUGAAUUGAUUUCACAGAUGUAAAAUGAGAGGCCUGAUCACGGUCUGACUAAAGCCAGGAAUGGAGCAAAAAGUAAAUCUGGAUACAUUUUAAGCCACGUUACAGUGAACUCAAAAAAACCUAUAUAUGUCAGUUUGUCAAUAAUUAAAUCAAGUUGCCACAUUUAACAGUGUGGGAAGAAUUCAAGGGCUCAGGUUUCAAUCUGUUGUGUAGCCAGAGAGGUAAGUAGCAAACCUGGAAGAGCACUUUAGGCUAAGAUAACCUUGUUCAAGUCUAGAGCAGCAUCCAAGAAUCUGCUGCUAGAGACAACCGUUAAUUGUCACAAGCUCUGGAUAUUUAUGGCUUUUAUGUUUGACAUCUUGUCUUGUGUUAUCAUGUAUAACAAAAUGUUUAAUGGAUUGUACAUUUUACUCUGAAGACACCGUUUUCCGUUUGUUCCAUUACCCACACUUUGGGUUUUGGCAUUAUUAACAUAAAAAGGGAUUUGCGUACUUCAUCAAAGCUUCAUAAUCACCAAAAAAAGUGGUCUAAAUGGUCAAGUUAAAGUGACAACAGACAACUUUUCCCCAAGUGGAACUAUUGUUGGCACCUCUGAUGCAAAGACAAUGCUGUCUGUUUUUCUCUGAAUUGCAACAAGCAACAACACAAGACAAAACGUGUGUUCAGUCUUGUAGUUUUUAAUGGAGACAUGAAAGAAGACAGGAAUAGUGACAGGCUGCCAGCCUUCAUUUUCCUGGGAGAGUCUGUCCCCGGUGGCAGAGAGAAUAGCAUAGUGAAUGUGAGGUUUGCAGGCGGAUAAAUUAAAACAAAAAAACUUGUCUAUUGCCACUUUAACAAUUCAAAUCUUUGUGGUGUUGUUGCUCUGAUGUAUAUGUUUUUGGUGUGUUUUGUUAAUGUCAGUUAGAGUCAGUUGUCUUAAAGUUAUAUCAGACUGUUUCCAUCAUUGUGUUUUGGGGGCUUUAACAGAAUCGCUAACUACCAGCAUUUCCUUACACUUUCAUGAGAUAGGUCAGGAACGUGCCACACUUCCUGUUUUGGUAUGUAUAGAAUUGAGUGUGUACAACUGUAUGAAAAUGCACAGGUUUUGUACUAAUCUAUAUCGAGAUUAUAAUUUAAAGGAUGAGCAAUAAAGGUCCUUUGAGUUUCUUUUAAA